AUGUCUACUAUUGAGCUUAACUGCCUUAUUCAUGGAGAUACUCCAGACAUUACUAAUAUUUUUUCAGUAAAAUUCGAUUCUGAAACGAUUGUCAACAGGCUCAGAGAUAUUAUUAAAGAGAAGAUUAAAGAGAUGAAGCAAGAUCUUCCUUGGGUUGAUGAUGUAAUAAAGCUUAAAUUGUGGAAGAAAUUGAAUAUCCUUUUUGACAACCCCAAUGUGGAUAUUAAAAGAAAGUUUGGAGGCAAAAAGUUGUUUAUACCAGUAGAUAAGAUUGCCAAAUAUUUUCCUUACAAGCUUAACAAAGAAUAUAUACACACUAUAGUUGAAUUACCGGGUUAUCAUCUCACUCUUACAAGUUGUGUUAAAAGAAAUGAAAUUGUUCCUAUGUAUAAGAUCAUUUACAGAGAAGGUCCCCUCGAUCUAGAAGGUGAUCGAAAAAUUCUUUCAAUCCCAGACAAAGUAAUCAUUAGAAAACUUUUUCUUGUUGAGAGUGCUUUCUUGAAGAAAUUUCAAAGAAAAGAAAUAUUUGCAAUAAGUUUUGGAUUGGUUGAUAGAAGAGAAGCUAUAAUUGUUACUAUAGGUCUACCAAAAGGAUCAUUAUUACGUUUUUACUUACUAUCUAUAUAUGAAGGCUUUCCGGUAAUUAUUAAUUAUGGGGUUGCCAUACCAUUUCAUCGAAAUUACCAUGAGAAAUUUAGACCUGGUAUCAGCAUUGGAUGUUUCAAAAAUCCUCCAAAUGCAUGUAUAUUAGGCCUAUUAGUUCAAGCAAAACCGGAAUCUGCUGACACUGGUACAGGAUCAAAGAUUGCCAAAGAAUCAAAUAUUGCCACAGGAUCAGAGAUUACCACAGAAUCAAAGAUUGCCAAAGGAUCAAAGAUUGCCACAAAAUUAAAGAUGGCAACAGGAUCAAAGUCAAGAUCUAGUUUUUAUAUUCUUACUGCAAAACAUGGAAUUGAAAAGAAAGGCAUGCUGAUUUCUUUUAAGUUUUGUGCCACAGUUACCAAGUAUUGUAUCUUGAAAGUUGACAACGAUGGACUCCUUAUUGAUUAUGCUUUUUGCAAGAUUAGCAAUAAUAAUAGUGCGCUAGCAGAUUCAAAUAGAAUAUAUAGAACUGAAAUAACUAUCUCCGGUUUCAAGACUUCUGUAAGCAAUGAUCCAAAUAAUGUAAUAUGUGUUAAAAAGGUUAGCAGAAGUAUAUUUUUUAUGGAAAGAACUAUGAAAGAUGAAUGGGUUAAUAUUAAAUCUUUAGCUUUUGAUCCUCCAAUGAUAUUAGUGGGAUUCUUCAUGAAGGGAUUAUUGACGAGCUAG